CGUCUCCUAUUUAAAGGUCCCCAAGUAGAGGAUGGAGACAGAAUAAGCAGUCCUCCCGCGUGGGGAGUUCGUGGCCGCAGAGUAGCUGAGACUGCGCCGCCGCGGAACCCCGCAGGAAAGCUGGGCCCGAGUGGAAGAGUAGACGCCGUGCCUAGCUUGGGCUGUUCACACGCCGCAUCAGCCUUCGCUGCCUUCCACCAUCGCGCUCUAUUCCCCCUGUCUUUUUUGGUGGCUGCGGGCGCCUGAGGGAGGGACAGGGCGAAGGGAGAGCAGGGCGCCCGCCUCUCUUCUGCUGCCUCCACCCGCCUCCCCGAGUGUAGUGGGAACAGGCGCGCUUUCCUGUUCAAUGCCCCUGAGCGGGAAACCGACAUAAGGGAGUGAGGGAGCGACUGAGUGAUUGGUGGAGGCGUGUACGCGGGUGGGGGGAGGAGGACGAGGAGGUGUGAGGAGGACCGAAGGGAGGAUGUAAGCGGGCUCUGCAGAGGUGCUUUCUGGGGGGAGGAAAGAGCCUGAGCGGCCGGGCGCAGAUUGACCCUGGGAUUGGAAAGCCCCGCAUCUUCCCGGAAUCGGUGUCUGUAGUGCUGUGGAGGUAGGCGCCUUCCUCCCCCCCCCCCGCUGUCGCCGCAGCAGCCCGCGCUGUGGCCCCACUACUGCAGAGAGGGGCGAGAGGGGGCUCUGCUGCUGUCGACGCGGCUACCACCGCCACCCCUCCCUCGUUGCUGCUGCUGCGAAUGACUGAUCUGCCAGCUCCGUGCCCGAGGAGGAUGCUCUCCCGCUGCAGAAACAGGCGUGACUGAAGGGGACUUGCCCAGCCCCGUCGGGAUAAGGAGCGGCGCCCCCCCCCGUGUGUUGCAUCUCCUGCCUCUCUCCUUAGCCCCCCAUUCUCCUCCCGCUCUUGUAGGGGAUGCGCGGCCGGUGCCCUGCCUCAGCCGCCGUUCUACCGGUGCCCCAUGUCCGCGCCGGCGAAACGGCUUCCUCCGCCGCCGCUGCCUCCUCCUGCUGCUGCUUGGAAAAAUGAAGCGACAUCCCCCAUCCUGCUGCUGCCGGCGGGGGUGUUAGAAGGAAGGGGGGCGCGGAGCGCUGCGCACACCGCAAGACCCCAAAUCCUGCUCUGCACCUGAGACGGACGGCGAUCCAGCGCUCUCGCCGCUCCAGGGCAUUUCAAUUAACUGCCGACGGCAUAAAGCGCUGCUGUGGGGUUUCUAAUCCCCCACUCUCUCCGCUCGUGGCGGGCAAGUGCCUCCCCUUCUCCCUGCAGAAGGAGGGUUGGCUUGGUGCUGUUGCUGCUGCUGCUUCUGCUUCUACCUCCUGUCCGCCGCCUCCUGGUAGGGAGCUGGAGCUGCCCCUCGACCCCGUGGUGCAGGGGGUGCGGAGAGGACUGGCUCUGGGAGGCUAUGGGGGAGAUUUCCCUCGGGCCGACUCCCUAGGCAGACUCCUUUCAUUAUUUUUAUAAGGGUUUCUUCCCCGCUCUGGCCACGCUCCCACAUGCCUGUAGACUCUGGCGUUUAAAUCCUGCUGAUAAGGCGCAUAGGGCCCCGUGGAUUUCGUGGAAACACCUGGGAUCUACUACAGGGAAAGGCAGAAAACCAGACUGAGAGGAGUAUCAGCAUUGCUAAAGUGCGAGGCAAAUCCAUUUAGAAAUUGGUCUGCUUAAACGACUCACACUGCACGUCUCCAUUGGUCAUCAUGGGGGAGCAACCCAUCUACAGCACCCGAGCUCAUGUCUUCCAGAUCGACCCUAACACAAAGAAGAACUGGGUUCCCACCAGCAAGCAUGCUGUUACUGUGUCCUACUUCUAUGACAGCACAAGAAAUGUCUAUAGGAUAAUCAGCUUGGAUGGCUCAAAGGCAAUAAUAAAUAGUACCAUCACUCCCAACAUGACAUUCACAAAAACAUCACAGAAGUUUGGUCAGUGGGCAGAUAGCAGAGCAAAUACUGUUUAUGGCUUGGGAUUUUCCUCUGAACACCAUCUCUCAAAAUUUGCAGAAAAAUUUCAGGAAUUUAAAGAAGCUGCACGACUAGCUAAGGAAAAAUCCCAAGAAAAGAUGGAAUUAACAAGUACACCCUCACAGGAAUCUGCAGGAGGUGAUAUUCAAUCUCCUCUUACACCUGAGAGUAUUAAUGGAACAGAUGAUGAAAGAACAACCCCAGAAGUGACGCAAAACUCAGAACCAAGGGCUGAACCAACCCAGAACGCAUUACCAUUUGCGCAUAGUUCGGCAAUCGGCAAGCACUGGGAGGCAGAACUCGCUACGCUCAAGGGUAACAAUGCCAAGCUGACAGCAGCUCUGCUUGAGUCCACUGCCAAUGUGAAACAAUGGAAACAACAGCUUGCUGCAUAUCAGGAGGAAGCAGAACGUCUACACAAGCGGGUGACUGAGCUGGAGUGUGUUAGUAGUCAAGCAAGUGCGGUCCACACUCAUAAAACAGAAUUAAACCAGACAAUACAAGAAUUAGAAACUACACUCAAGAAAAAGGAAGAGGAAAUAGAAAAAUUGAGACAAGAAAUUGAUAAUGCCAGAGAGCUUCAGGCACAGAGGGACUCUUUAACUCAGAAGCUACAAGAAGUGGAAGUUCGAAACAAAGACUUAGAAGGACAAUUGUCUGAUCUAGAACAACGUCUGGAGAAAAGUCAGAAUGAACAAGAAGCUUUUCGCAAUAACUUGAAAACACUUUUAGAAAUUCUUGAUGGCAAAAUCUUUGAACUAACAGAACUACGAGAUAACCUGGCCAAGCUAAUAGAAUGCAGCUAAAGAAAAUGGGAUCUCAGUGCCAACCUUCUUAAAGAUGCACUGUCUCUCUUCAUAGGACAUUGUUGGGCUCUGCAUCAAAGUUGCACAAAAUUAGGAAAAUGCUCCUCCAGGAGGGCCUGUUUUAAAUUUUCAACAUUAUAUUUCCGUGUAAAAUUUUAGAAUUCAGCUUGUAGUUAGUCGGUAAAAAAUAAAAUAACUUGAAUUACAAAUUACCUCCUUGUAUAUAAUUGGCCAUAGAUGACUCGAAAGAUAUUAACAGUAAUUGAAUGCAAUCCUUUUCUAUUAUUAGCCAGUGAAAUAAUGAGAAGUGCCCCAAAUUAAAUCCUUUUCAGUGUUAGACACAACGUAGAUUAUCUGUUUUGUUUUGUUUUGUUUUUUGUUUUGUUGGUUAAGAUAACUAAUUGUUGUGUUUUGUGCAAGAACUUUAUGAUGUCGGCCCUCUCUUUUGUUGUACUCUUAAUAAUUUCUCAGGAUAUUUUGCACUGUUAAGAAACAGUGCAUUACCAGUUAAUUCUUGCCAGGAGUGAGAGAGAGUUGCAUCUUUAAUUCAAACCUAGUGAUUAACUGCUUGUAUAGAGUUCUUCCCUUUUUUAUACUGGAAGAUGCUGUAUUUAUUUAUGAUGUUCACUCUGGUGUUCUAUAAUAUUGUCCAGUGUAAGGUUUACUUUUCUCUGCUUAAGUUCAUGUAUGUAGAAGUUCUGUAUUCCACUUUGAAGCCUAUCUAUGAAGACAGGUGAGUCCCUCAAAAAUAUUUUAUAAUUUGCUAUAUACGGAUGAGGAUCAAUCUAUUCUUAUUUAACAUCACAUAUGUUUAAUAUUCACUGUCACCAAAAUACAUUUCAUUAAUUCAUUUAGCAAGAAAAGUCUUCUGAAUAAUCAGUGCAGCAUAUUAUUAUAGAUCACGUUGUGGAUAUACAGCAAUUGGCCAGGGCAUUUUCUUUAUGUUGACCUUCCUCAGUUUUUAAAAAAAUGUUUUUUAGAAAUUGUAUAAUCACAGGAAAUUGGAGAUUUUUUUCCUCCUCUUUGAAUCUUCACAUCACAUCUUUAUCACAAACUACACCAGGCAAUAUUCUGAACUUCAAAACAGGAACUGAAUUCAGUUAUCCUCACUGAACAUGUUUUAAAGUUGUUUUGAUGUAAUUUACAAAGACUUUUGCCAACCAUGUAUUAUCUUUAUAUAAUCUUUUUUAUUUUAAAGAAAAAAAUGAAAGAUAAGCCAAGUGUCACAUGACUGCUUACCGAAUGGGAGUUGCAUUAUGGGAUAGUCUUGCUGUAAAUUGUCUAAUACUGGAGAGGAUUUUUAAAAAUGAAAGAAAAAGAAUGAAAUACAAAGAUGCACUGACUUUUUCUUUAUACCCCAAUUAAUUCGAAUGUUAAAUACAAAAUCCAGUUUGAACAUAAACUCUGUACAAUAGACAUUUUUUUCCACUAAAGGACUGCUAUUCAAAACUAGGUAAUAUAAAUCGGGUUUUUUAUGUGUGUACUCUAUGUAUAUACUGUAUAAUACACACAUUCUAAUUUGUAUUCAAAUUGGGAGAAAUACAUGAUGGGUUAAUUUAUAAAAUGCCAUUUUUCUUUAUCUGUAACUUAACAGGUGUCUCCUGAAAUGUCAGGAUUACUGUUUUGCUAACACUAAAUUAUUAUGUAUUAUACUGUAUGUACUGUACACAUCAUUUAAGUUUCCUCCAUAAUUUAGAGUGUUCUGCCACUUAUUUUAUUUAUUAUUGGGGAAAAUAUUUGUUAAUUGCAUUCAUAGAUAAAAGCUUUCUAUGGUGAUUUUUUUUAAUAGGUAGAUGUUGAUGAUGUGUAACUUUAUCAGGUCCAGGACAGUAGUGAUUACCUGAUUUUAAUUUACCUGGAGAAGUUUGUACCUGAUUCUCUUGCUAUAUGAGUGUCAAUUGGAAACAUCUUCAGCAAAGUGUAAAAUUAGUGUAAUUAUGGGAGGAAUGAAGUGGGUUCAUGCUGGUUCUUCUUAAUUAUAACAAGUUAGAACAGAAAUUUGAUGGCAAAAAAUGUAACAUUAUUUUUAAUGAGAUCAAAAUUUUUAAUACAAUGACAUUUACAUGUGGGGAAAUAGUUUACAAAAUAUUUCCGCUUAAAUGCUGUGUAUAUGUGUGGUACAAGAAAAUGAUUUGUAAUAUGUACACACACACAUGUAUAUACAGUACAUGGAAAAAUUUAAAUGUGCACAUUUUUAAUAUUUUCCUAUUGAAAUUAAAUUUAAAAAUUGGAAAUCAAUAUUUGAGAAUUUCUUUUCUCAUGUAUACUAAGAUGCUUGACUUUGGGUUCUGUUGUUUGUAAAAAUAAAAUCUAUGAGGGCUGCACCAUUGAAUUCCCAAAAGUCAUCUAAUAUGUAUAUGGGAUAAGGUGGAAUUAAGUGCACAUAUAAAUAAAAUCUGAUUGUUAAGAAUAUUUUAAUGUUCAUUUAUGGUAGGUGGAUGUUUAGAAAUUGUAUUCUAGAAAUUGUAUUCUGAAGUUCCUGAUUAGGUAAUCAUACCUACUUUAGCCGCUACACUUCUGUAUUAUUAAGGUAAUAAUUGGCAUAAUAGAAAAAGUCAUUUUUCCCAGAGCCUGGAAUUGCAUAUUGUAUCUAUCUUAAGAGAAACUGUGGGAAUCUAUAUGCCAGAAAAUGUUGGGUAUUGUGGACUAAAAACAAGAUCUUACAUGGGAGAACAAUUACCUUGUGUAUAACUUGUUAUAUGACUAUUAUGGAGUCUUGUUUUAAAAAGAAAUCUUUUAAAACCCAACAAAAUACAAUUUUUAUUUUGAAA